AUGUCUACAUGGGUUGUUGAUCUUCCUGUUGAAUUAGAAGGCAAGGAGAAUCAAUUGAAAGCAUUUCUUAAAAAAUUAUCACUCGAAGACAAGUUUAAGAAUUUCCAAUCAAAUGGUUUGAGUCAAAUUGAACACCUACAGGAUAUUCAUGAAAAGGAUAUUGACAUGUUAGGUUUGACAGUAUUUGAAUGGAGACGACGUGAGAUCACCACUUGGAGAAGUGAAGAAGAAAGUGCGAAAAUUGGUAAUGCCAAAACAAGUGUUGCUGCAUUCAAAACAUCUUCGGCAUCUCAGCAUCUGCAGUCAUAUCCUUGCCCAACUCUUUGAGUAAUUUCUUUGGGACUCGAGAUGGACAAGGGAACAUAGUCGUCUCUAUUGAAUCCUUAAAGAGAAAGUACAAGGCUCUAUGGUAUGAGAAUCCUGUCAAUCCAACUCAAAUAUUCUCCAACUCAUUUAUUCUACAAAUGGCAGAACAACGGAUGCAAUUUGAGAAGACCCUCCGUAGCUGGGAAUUAUGGUGCAGAAAACAAAGGUCAACACGAAUUUCUUUUUUGCUGGCAUUGGCAAAAACACCUGUGAUUUCAACGUGGAAUCAAUACUACAAGUCGCAAAGUAUUAUGGGAAAGUGUGAAAUAUUAGAAAGGCAACACCCUGCAGUAGCAUCAUUUUUGGAAAACAGAGUCAGAGAGGAAUCAUCCAAUGUGCCAUCAAAAGCCAUGUAUGAAAAUAUCUGCCAGUAUGUUGCAAAACUUGAAGAGGUCAGUACCUUUUCAACCAAUACCCUACAGAAGUGUGAUACUGAGAUGGCUAAAUGCAGCCCUGCUGGAGUACCCAAAAAAG